AUCUCGCCGUUUUGGUGCUUAGUCAUUUUCGGGUCGUCAGCAAUUUCGCAAGUGGUUGGUAAUAUCGAUCUCUCGCGCAUUCGAAGAGUGUUUCGUGCUGCCUGCAUUCAUUGGCGUCCUUCUUGUUUCCAUCUGAAGUUGCAAAGUAGUAUUUUGUAAUCCGAGACGUUCAGCUGUUGGGUAACCGCGGAGUAAUUCUCGCCUAAUAGCGAUGGCCACUAUGAACGAGUCACUGGUUCUGGCACUGGAGCGAUCAAAUGCCAAGGAUAGUUACGUGAUGGGGGCGGAGACGCUUCUCCGGCUGCUGGACAACAUCAUCCAGGCGCCGCAGAAUGAGAAGUACCGAUCGGUGCGGCUGGAGAACAAGGCCAUCAAGGAGAAAUUGCUGUCGGUUUCCGGAAUGAAACCUCUGAUGCUGGAGAUUGGCUACGUGGAAGUGAGUGGAACAUUGUCGCUGCCCGCAAAUGUAGUCAUUGCCAAGCUACGCAAGUAUCGAGAUUUUAUCAACGAACGAAAAGAGCUGAUAAAAAAUCCCCCUUCGACUUCUUCCGCAUCGAUUGCACCGCAGCCAUCAUUGCUGGAGGCGAAAGCGAAGGCGGAAGCUCCGAAGGUGAUUGUUGUUCCGAAACCGGUCGUUCGAGCCGGGAAGUCGUUCCAGCAGAGGAUAGCAUUCCCGAAAAUUGUUAGUUCGAGAAACGGCUUUCUGCAACAGCUCGAGUUGCUGUCGGAUCAAGUGAUGCAGUACGAAGACGAGCUGCUGCUGCAAAGUGGCCGCGAUUUGGUUCCACUGGAAAUGCUCAAGGCACGAGCCAAGGAGAAGCUACGUCAGAUUCAGAAGAUGAUUAAGGCGGGCAGCUAUCGGGAUGAGGAACCGUGGAUGGUGGAUUUGAUUCUGGAGGAGCUGGUCGGUUGGUUCAAGGCGGAUUUUUUUCGUUGGGUAAAUACACUACCAUGUACGGUUUGUGGCAACGAAAAGACCCAACAGGUGGAGAGUGGCAUCGAGGAUGGCGUCCGUGUGGAGGUCUACAAGUGCUGCAACGAGCUGAGGCGGUUCUACAGAUACAAUGACGUGGAAAAAUUUCUCCAUACUCGCUGUGGCCGUUGCGGCGAAUGGGCCAACUGUUUUACAUUCCUGUGCCGAGCGUUGGGAUAUGAAGCUCGGUUUGUCUUUUCCACAGGGGAUCACGUUUGGACUGAGGUGUAUUCCGCUCGCAAACGCCGCUGGAUUCACGUUGAUCCGUGCGAGAAUGCAAUCGAUUCCCCGCUGAUGUACGAGCAUGGCUGGAAGAAGGACAUAUCGUAUGUGUUUGCCUUCUCCAGGGAGGAAGUCCAGGACGUUACCUGGAGAUACACCAGCGACCACCUGAAGGUUAUGAAGAGCAGGAAGAGUAGCUCGGAGAAGGAACUGCUUGAUACAAUUUUGAAACUAAGAGCCAAGCGACGGGAGAAAGUCUCCGGUCCUAGAUUGAAGUUUUUGCGUAAAAGGACUCUGGAUGAAUGCUUGCAAUUGAUCAAUAGCCGAGCUCCAACGCAAGCCGAGCUGGAAGGCAGAAGCUCUGGCAGUUUGGAGUGGAGACUGCAGCGGGGAGAGCAACAAUUGAACACGUUCUACAUUUUCAUUCCGAACGAGCAAGAGAUUAGAACGAAGCAGUUCAAUGUAAGGUACUCUUGCGCUAAGGAUACCUAUGAACGAUUUGUGAAGGGUCCUGCCGGAACGGUUAUGGUGGAGACGACCAAGGAUUGGAAAAGUCGGCAGCAUACCAGUGAGAACGUAUUCCGAAAGGAAGAAAACGACUGGAAGAUGGUCUACCUGGCGAGAACCGAAGGCACGCAGACGGGUACGGUUAGUUGGAAGUUUGAUUUUUCCAUUCAAGGCAUGCGAGUCAAGGACAUACAGAUCAAGUUUGGAACGCAGACCUACGAAGGGGCCAAGAUCGAUAUCCAAUAUCUGAAAGACGACGGUACUCCGUUGGCAUCAUCGAGGAAUUUGGUGGGGCUGGGCAAGUUCACCAUCCAGGCGAAGCUCAGUGGAGGCCGGAUGUGGCAGCAUUCGCAGAUUUUCCGCCAAGGAAAGUAUGACGAGGACUAUCCGUUCGAGGUGAACGUGCAAUUCAUGUAAGUGAUCAGUAGUAUGUUUAGCAAUUCUAUUCUAUUUCCAAUCGAUCGUUAUUCCAAUUUAUUGAUGUGAAACAGUAUAAUAUAGGUAGCUUGACCCAUUUGAUAGUAUCGUAUCGGAAACUUGUCCGAUGUGGAAGCAAUUUAAAUUUAUAGAUAUCGAAUAUCGCUUUUUAUAACGGAAGAGCUUCGAAGGCUUAAUAUCCUAUGCUUUAUCUAGUCGAUCAUAAGCGGGAAAGGAUUAUUUUUUAUUUCCAUAAACGAAAAUAAAAAUAAGA